AUGUCGUCCUUGUGGUCCCUGGGUGAUCAGGAACAUGAUUCGGCGUUUCAGAUGUCACUCACCUUCCAAGAUGUCACCGUGGACUUCUCCCAGGAAGAAUGGGACCGCUUAGAGCCUGCUCAGAAGGACAUGUACAGGGAUGUGAUGCUAGAGAACUAUGAGAAUUUUGUCUUCCUUGUGUCAAACUCCCAUCUCAAACAUGUUACAGAAGCAGCCACACACAUAACUGGCAGCAGCAGCUGCUUCCUUCAGCACUGGGCUAUGGAACAGCAGCCAAAAGGGCCACACCUUGCAGCCCUGCUGAAUUGCAUUGUUGAAGCAGCAUAUUCCCUUAUUCCGAAGACAGAAUAUGAAAUUGAGGAGUCAACUCCAAAGCAGUAUAUUUCUAUGGGAGAAUCAUCCAAUGAGACACUCACAAAGGAGGGUCCCUGGAAUUCCACUUUGGGAGAAGUUUGGGAUCUUGAUGUCAGAACACACACUAGAGGGAAACCUCUUAAAUGCAAUGAAUGUGGCCGAGCUUUUAAUAGCAUCUUAAGCCUCACCAUACAUCAGAGAAGUCAUGCUGGAGGGAAACUCUUUAUAUGUGAUGAAUGUGGGAAAGCCUUUAGCCAGAAAGAAAGCCUUGAUACACAUAAGAUAUUUCACACUGAAGACAAACUUUUUCCAUGUAAUGCAUGUGAGAAAGCCUUCAGUAACAAUUCACGCCUCAUUGUGCAUCAAAGAAUUCAUACUGGAGAGAAACCCUACAUAUGUAAUGAGUGUGGAAAAGCCUUCAGCCAGAAGGGAAAUCUUAAAACGCAUAAGAGAAUUCAUACAGGUGAGAAGCCUUUUGAAUGUAAUGAAUGUGGAAAAGUCUUCAGCAGCAAUAGACACCUAACUCGACACCAAAUAAUUAAUAAUAAUAACACUGGAGAGAAACCAUUUAAAUGUUACGAAUGUGGAAAAGGCUUCAGGUACAGCUCCUCCCUUAUGCAGCAUCAGAGAAUUCAUACUGGUGAGAAGCCCUUUAUAUGUAAUGAAUGUGGGAAAGCCUUCAACCAGAAGGGAAUACUUAAUACACAUAAAAUAACUCAUACUGGAGAGAAACGCUUUCAAUGUAAUGCCUGUGGGAGAGCCUUUAGACACCGUUCAUCCCUUAUGCGACAUCAAAGAAUUCAUACUGGAGAGAAACCCUAUAAAUGUAAUCAGUGUGAUAAAGCCUUUAGCCAGAAGGGAGGCCUUAAUGCACAUAAGAUUGCACAUACUGGAGAGAAACACUUUGAAUGUAGUGAAUGUGGAAAAGGCUUCAGAUACUGCUCAUUUCUUGUGCAACAUCAGAGGAUUCAUACUGGUGAGAAGCCCUAUAUAUGCAAUGACUGUGGGAAGGCCUUUGGCCGGAAGGGAAGCCUUAACACCCAUAGGAGAAUUCAUACAGGUGAAACUCCUUUUGGAUGUAAUGAAUGUGAGAAAGCCUUCACCAAUAAUCAGAAUCUUAAUAAACAUAAGAGAAUUCAUACUGGAGAGAAACCUUUUCAGUGUGAGGAGUGUGGGAAAGCUUUUACCCGUAGUGAAAAUCUCAAAGGACAUAAGAAAAUUCAUACUGAAGAGAAGCCGUUUCAGUGUGACGAAUGUGAGAAAGCUUUCAAAUGGAGUGGAAACCUUAAAGAACAUAAAAAAACUCAUGCUGGAAUGAAGCUCUUUGAAUGGAAUGAAAAAGGAAAUGUUUUUGGUCCAAACUUUGUGGCAUAUGGUGAAAUUCAUAAUGGAGAAAAGAAACCCUUUGAAUAUAAACAAAUGUGA